AUGUAUUCCUCGGGGCGCCGUUUAUGGCUACAGUUGAGCUCCUUCGUUCGAGCUCAUAGCUUGUGCUUCAAUCUUAGGGAUUUACUAGCGGAAGACAUGGAGACCUUUGAGCUCGCUAUCUAUCUAUCUAUCUAUCUAUUUAUCUAUCUAUCUAUCACAGCCUGUUCAUAUCUAUCUAUCUAUCUCAUUUUGUUCCUAUCUAUCUAUCUAUAUAUCUAUCACAACCUGUUCCUAUCUAUCUAUCUAUCUAUCUAUCUAUCUAUCUAUCUAUCACAGCCUGAUCAUAUCUAUCUAUAUAUCUAUCUCAUUUUGUUCCUAUCUAUCUAUCUAUCACAACCUGUUCCUAUCUAUCACAGCCUGAUCAUAUCUAUCUAUCUAUCUAUCUAUCUAUCUAUCUAUCUAUCUAUCUAUCUAUCUAUCUAUCAGUCUCUUCACUAUCUAUCUAUCUAUCUAUCACAGCCUGAUCAUAUCUAUCUAUCUAUCUAUCUCAUUUUGUUCCUAUCUAUCUAUCUAUCACAACCUGUUCCUAUCUAUCUAUCUAUCUAUCUAUCUAUCUAUCUAUCUAUCUAUCUAUCUAUCUGUCACAGCCUGAUCAUAUCUAUCUGUCUAUCUAUCUCAGUCUCUUCACUAUCUAUCUAUCUAUCUAUCUAUCACAGCCUGAUCAUAUCUAUCUAUCUAUCUAUCUAUCUAUCAGUCUCUUCACUAUCUAUUUAUCUAUGUCCAGAUACAUCUAUUUCGCCCUUUUCUUUGAUUCUCUCCCUCCUUCCCUCUCUUUCUCUCUGUCUCUCUCCCUCCUUCCCUCUCUUUCUCUCUCUCUCUCUUUCUCUCUCACUUCCUCUCUCUCUCUCUCUCUCUUCUCGCUUUCAACUCAAAGGCUCAUUAUCAAGAAACCUUCUCUCUCAAGCUUUAAAAUUCUGUUUCAUUCUCUCAUGGAUUACUUUUGCUUCCUUAUUUUUUUUUUCUCUCUCUCUCUCUCUCUCUCUCUCUAAUUUCCCAAUCCCUCUCUCUCCCCCUCUCUCUCUCUCUAUCUCUCUCUCUCUUUCAUUCUUUCUUUCAUAG